AUGGGCCCCGGGGACUUCCGCCGCUGCAGAGAGAGACUUUCCCAGGGGCUCCAGGGACUCCCAGGUAGAGGGGAGCUUUGGUUCCCACCUCGUCCCGCGUGCGGCUUCCUAGGGGACGGCAGGAGCACGGACACCCAGGAGGAGGCCCUGGCCGCCAGCCCGCUGCUGGAGGACCUCAGACGACGACUGACGCACGCCUUCCAGUGGGCGGUGCAGCGCGCGACCUCGAGGCGCGCGCAGGAGGCGGCGGCAGCGGCGGCGCGGGAGGAGCAGAGCUGGACGCGCGUCGAGGCCACCCUGGCCAGGCUGCGGGCGGAGCUGGUGGAAAUGCAUUUCCAAAACCACCAGCUGCCUAGAACUUUACUGGACCUAAACAUGAAAGUGCAGCAAUUGAAAAAGGAGUAUGAACUGGAAAUUACAUCAGACUCCCAAAGCCCAAAAGAUGAUGCUGCGAAUCCGGAAUAAAGAAAUGCACACACAAGGGCUGGGCGUGGUGGCCCAUGCCUGUAAUCCCAGCACUUUGGGAGGCUGAGGUGGGCGGAUCAAGAGGUCAGGAGAUCGAGACCAUCCUGGCUAACACUGUGAAACCCCGCCUCUGCUAAAAAUACAAAAAAUUAGCCAGGCAUGGUAGCGGGCGCCUGUAGUCCUUGCUACUUGGGAGGCUGAGGCAGGAGAAUAGCGUGAACCCAGGAGACAGAGCUUGCAGUGAGCCGAAAUCAUGCCACUGCAUUCCAGCCUGGGCGACAGUGCGAGACUCCAUCUCAAAAAAAAAACGCACACGCAAAGCUCUGGAUCCUAAAACUAACGCAUACAACCCUGAAACAAUUCUGAUGAACACAUUAUGCUUUGCAUAAGUUUUGAGGGGCAAUUUAUAGACCCAAAACUUAGGUGACGGGGGAAGGUGACAGAAAAACAUCUAACAGAGGGGAGAGAAAAAUGAUGUAUUACCAAGUUUUAAAGUUAUUUAUUUGUUAUUUUUACUGAGACAUAGAAGUAAAAUAUAACUAUAGAUAAAUCUCUCUCUCUCUCUCUCACUCAGAGAAUGCUUUAAUGCCAACUUUCGGUAUUCAACCUUAUGUCACCUGACCUUUCUGGCAUUGCCUGAGCUUUCAGAGUUCGUGCUUGUUUUUGAUUAUUCUCGGUUUGUCUGUCCAGCAGCCUGCCCUGCUUCUUGUGGAGAAUUGUUUCUACUUGGAUUCUAACCAUGCCCUUUAGGUGGCCUGUGACUAAUGGUAUUCCACCUUCCUGGAUAUAGUCAUGCAGCUCAAGGCAGCCAGAUGGGUUUGUCCUUAGGAUUUUUUGAAUGGGCACUGAAAGAGGAGGUGAAUAUUUCUGCCAGUAGAAGCUGUGGAUCAGGGGCUUGGAAGUUGCUGGUGGUCACCAUGUGAGAAAGCCCACACCCUAAUAGAGGUGACUGAAACGGAACCACUAAAAGCACAAAAGGGGAGGGAGGGAGGGAGGGAGGGUGCUUCGCUUCCUUGUUCCUGGGGUCUAGCUGUAUAAGAUUCCAGGCCUUGCUCUUGUUUAUGUACAUGAAAUAUUCUGAUAUCCUUCUCAUAAAAUCUCUUUUUGCCUAAGUAAAUUCAAGCUGGAGUUUCAUGACUUGUAUCUAGUGUUCAUAACUAAUACAGUUGUUCAGUUUUAGGAGUUAAAAUGGUUCUUACUGUUGAAUUGGACUAUCUAACUGUAUCCAAAAAGUGCUGUCUUUUUAAUGCAAACAGUAAAGUUAAUAAAAUAGUUGCAGAUCUAAGUGAUAUUUAUAAUGGUUAUUGUCUGUAAAAUACAAAUUAAUUUAUAACAAGCUAUGUAAUUUUAAUAUUUAAUAAACUAUAAAAAUCAGUUCUUGAAGACAGAGACACAGUCUUUCUCUUUUUAAAAUAAAUACAAGGGCCAGCAUGGUGGAUCACGCUUGUAAUUCCAGCACUUUGGGAGGCCGAGGUGGGCAGAUUGCUUGAACUCAGGAGUUUGAGACCAGCCUGGCCAACAUGGCAAAACCCCAUCUCUACUAAAAAUACAAAAAUUAGCAGGGCGUGGUGGUGCUCACCUAUAGUACCAGCUACUCAGGAGGCUGAGGCAUAAGAAUCACUUGAACCUGGGAGGUGGAGGUUGCAGUGAGCCGAGAUCAUGCCCCUGCAGUCCAGCCUGGGUGACAGAGGGGUACUUGGCCCCGAAAAAACAAAUAAAAAAAAAUAAAAUCAAGUUGUUUUAUGUGUAUGAGGAUCUGAUAAUUAUCUGGACUAAGUUUAGUUUGUCCUUAACUUCUUUUUCCACAAUAAGUAAAUUAUUCUAGCCCUUUGGUACUUAAUUUCCCUCUGUAUAAAUGAGGAGUUACCAAGUUCAGCAUUGGCAGAUGAGCAGUCGCCAGCAUCUGCCAAAACGUUCCUUCACACGUUUUGCAUAUGAGCUCUUGGCCUAUAAAUACAUGACUACUAUAUUAAAUUUCAUUUGUAAACUAGAUUUCCUGUUUAUUUCUUCCUUUGAAUUUUAUAGAAAUUUUUAGGAAAGGGUUGGCAUAGUUCCUUGUGGUCUGUUUUUUGAAAAAGCUUCUACUUAACCUUUGGGACAAUCAUUCUUAAGUGUGUUUUAAAGAUUAACAUUGAUAAAUUGUUGUAAUUUUGUGUUUAAAAAAUACUCGAGGUGAUUCAUUGUAUGAGCUCAAUUCCUUACAGAAUACAGACUGCUGAUGUUGGUUAAUACUAAUGUCGUUUGAUUAUACUGAUAAUAUGUUGGGGAUCAAAAGAAAGAAAAUUUAAAAGAGAAAGUAUGAAAAUUGAUGCAUUGUUUUUCACAUUUUUAGGUUUAAAAAGGUCCAUUAUUGUAUUGCCAAGUUUUGGUCACCACUUUUCCCCCACAUCUUUUAGUGAUGAACUUUUGGAUCACUGUAUUUUUUAGAGGCGGCAGAUACAGAAACAGAGUGAGAAACUCCUU